CGUGGAGAUGGCGGGAGUUUGUCAAAAUUUGACAGUAGAUUGAAGAAGUGAUAAAGAUACAUUUGAUGUUAUAACUGGGUAGAUCUAUACAGAACAACUAAAAUGUCAUCUAAGAAGAUCAUUAGUCUACAGAAAAAAGUGCGGGAGAAAAAAAACAGUAUCCAUGAACAGAGAAAUAUCUUCAUGGCUUUGGUGGAUAGCUUUGUUUCUGAGGCUGAUGAGCAAGCGGAAAGGCUUUUGGCAGAGAAGGACAGUGGCCGGUUUAUGCAGCAUUAUUUAGAUGUAAUGAAGAUUUUAGACCAGUCUUAUAAUUCAUGUGUCAUGUUAACAGCAGAAGCAGAGAGUUUAUGUGACAGUGUAGACUUGACAGCUACGGAGAUGCUGACACAAGAAGAAUCGGAUGACGAUGAGCUGACCAGUUUAAAAGGAGCCACAGCAGCCCCAUAUCAUAACAAAGCUCUGAUGAUGAACAAGACAUCCAGUUCUUGUGAUAUUCAAGAACCAGACAUUAUUGCAGGAUCAACAUCCGAUCAUAUGUUAAAUUCUGAAAAAAGUUUGUCUCCUGUGAAGUUCCACAACAUACCAGAUUACAAAGGUUAUAAUCAGAAAAGUGCUAAUGUUGAUAACUUGACACAAAACUAUACAAAACAUACUGUUAUUAAGUCUAUGAUGAAGAGCAUUGGUGUUGAUACAAAGAAGGAUGCUGACAAUUUGGAAACGGAAAUUGGCUCUGUAGAAUUAAAUAUAACAGCAGAUGCCAAUGAAGAUAUACAGAGCAGUCUACCUUCAUCCUGUAUUGGUAAAACUGUUUACUUUGGAGACAAAAUGAGAAAUGAAAAGAUUUUGAGUAACCAGUCUUCAAAAAUUAAGAUGGAAAAUACAGCUACAUUUCUUGAAACUUUAGUAUUAACAGAUGGAAACAUUGAUGAAUGCCAUUCAACAACUAAUAAACUUGAACAUGAUUCUCGAACAACACGAGAGCAAAGACCUUCAAACAUUACAGAAAUAGGAUCAGAGCCUAGUUCAAAAAUAACUUCAGAUCACAAUAAACUACACCCUGGAACAAAUACUAGUGUUUCUUCAACAAAUACUAGUACACCAAAGCAUGUACUUCCAGAGACCAAGAAAAGAGUUGAAUCCAAGUAUAACAAGAAUACAGCAUCAAAACCUGGACAGCCUAGGUUAGACACUGAUGUUGCUGCCAGAUUUCUCAAGGGUAUAAUAGUUCAGGCAGAAAAGGAUAAUAAAAGUCUAAAAAAUUCAAAACCAACAAAAGGCAGAGAUAAUUCACAGACAAGAAAAAAUAAAAUAUUACCAGUAAAAGACACUAUAGAUCAACAGACUGGUAGCAAUCUAAACAAAAGUGAAAUUGAUAUGGCUGCAACAUCUAAAUCAACUCCAGACAAUGGAGGAACCACUGAUAAAACAGCUAAAUCCUUGACUGAGAAAACUCAAAGUGCAAUGAUUGAAGGAGAUCUCAUAGAAAAAUCUGUAAAUUCAAGUCUGAAUGACCUAGCAGUGUCAAGUACUCAAAGUUCUGUCACAGUGAAAACCUCCAUUCCACUUGAAAUGAAUAUAACUUCUGACAGCUUCAGAUUGACUGCCACCAGUAUUGGUGAGAUCAGUUUACCUGUGGGUAGACCAAUGCCUGUUGUUGUCAGUGAAACAAGAAGUCCUUGGAACUUUUUUAUUCAAAUCGUCAAUAGCUCAUUAGAGAAACUUAUGCAAGAUAUCAGGGACUUCAUGGAGUCAGAAGGGAAAUUGUUGAAUAUGGUAGAAAAAGUUGAGGAAGGAAUGGUGUACUUAGCCCAAUUUUCUCAAGAUCAGCUUUAUUAUAGGGCAAAAAUAACAGAUGUUAAUAUGUCAGAUUGUUCUUCAACAGUUGUGGAUGUUUAUUACAUUGAUUAUGGGAAUGCUGAAAAGAGGGAAUUAUCUCAUCUACGAGAGCUGCCUGUUCAAUUUACAUCUCUUCCUGCUCAGGCUGUAUUUUGUGCAUUGGCAAAGAUUGCUCCAAACAACAAAUAUGGUGUGUGGUCAGAACAAGAUAUUCUCACAUUUUCACAAUUAGCAAAUUCCAAAAAGUUUUUCUGUACCUUAAUCCAGCCAAGUCAGCAUCCAGAAAUUCCUAACAUUGUAGAUCUGUUCUUCAAUUCUACCAUCCCAGGUAACUGGACCCCAACUCCUGUAUUUGUUCAAACAAUAUUGAUAAAUAGCAAUAUUGGAAGAAUGGUAACAAUUCAGGAACAGAUGACAUCCUUUAUGAUAUUUUAUAGACUCUCUCCCAAAUCAAAUCACUCUCCUCAGUCUUCAAACGAAUUAAACCACCAAUUUGGAGACUCGACAGGUAUGAACAUAAGAAAAAUUGACAUUGAUAAACAAGAAUCUCAGAUUAAGAAACAAAUCUCAAUUGAAACAAAUGACAUAUGUGUAGAAGAUGAAUCUCAGUCAAAAGGAACAGUAAAUUGUAAGUUAGAAAACUGUGAUAAUAUCUUACUAAAUACAGGUCUGAAUGAUUCACAAGAUUUUACAGGGCAUGAACAGAUUAAUAGUGCAUAUUCAGGUGCAGAGUUUACAGAUCAAAUUAAGGCUGAAAUUGAAGUAGAACAAACUGCAUCAGUUACUGACAGAAAUGUUAAUUUGAAAAGUGAUUCUGAUAACCAGAAAUUAGACACUGUAAAAAAUAGUAUAAGUGAUAGCAAGGAAUCCUGUAGAGUUGAAAAAUUGAAACAAAAUAUAUGUGAAAGCAAGGAAUCUUCCAGAGAUGUAGAAAUGAAACAAGGUGCAGAAAAUUGUGGAAGGGAAGAAAAUAUAACUGAAAAUCAACCAGAUAUUUUAACAGUUUCCAAUAGUAUUAAUUCUGAUCAAAUGAACAACAAUGAAAUAGAUUGUGAUGUGAGUGAGAUGACUACAUCUGAUAUACCAUUACCUACAAUAGAUACAUCAUUAACCUGUUAUAUUGUGAUGCUUUCUUUUGUCAAAUCUCCAUCACAUUUCUUUGUUCAUAUUGUAUCUGAAGUCACUGCAAACACUCUGAAUGUCAUGUCUAAUAACAUCAAUACUCAUCAUAGUAAGUUGUCACGGAAACAGCUACAGAAACUGUCUAAAACUUUGACCCCAAAUGUGAAUGAUGUAUGUUGUGCACAAUUUUUGGAAGACAAUAAGUUUUACAGGGCCCAAAUUUUGGAAAUUAUUCAGACACCUGCUUCACCACAGAAAGUAUCUGAAAACGAUUCAGAAUCUUCAGUCUCUGGAAAGAUCAAAGUGUUUUACAUGGACUAUGGAGAUGUAGAAUUAGUACCAAAGAGGAGGUUGUUUCCUCUACCCAAAGAAUUACAGAACAUUCCCUCCUUAGCUAUUAAAUGUUCUCUUGCUCAUGUUAUACCUGUAAAGAAAAGUAAGCAUUGGUCAACUGAUGCCAAAGGAUGUUUCAAUAAAUUGACAGGAGAAGACAAAGUGUUAAAAAUGAUUAUAGUAGAUGGAAGUAUGGAGGAGACAUUGGGAAGUGUAAAAGUAGAUCCAUUGAAGGUAAUACUGGUAGAUAAUGAUGACAAAGAAGAAAUCUGCAUCAAUGUUGACCUUAUAAAACAAGGUUAUGCUGAGCUUGAUAUUCAAGAAGAUCUUAAAGCAGAAAUUGGUGCAUUAGAUAAGUUUGGUUCAUGGAAUCCCAUGAUGGACGACUUUCUCUCAGCCAGAAACUCAUACAAAGUAGAUGUAGAUGAUGCUGGGGUGGCUACUGUUGGCUAUAGGGCCCAGGAUGAGUCAAGGAUCUGUAAGUACUACAACCUUGGUGAUUGUUGGAGAGGAGACCGGUGUCCUUACAGACAUGUGGAAGUAACAUCAGAUGGUGUCACAUUAGAUCAAGAACUGGUAUAUGGAGCUGUGGAUGAGUAUUAUAUGGAGAAGAUUCUGCCAGAACCAGGAACAUGGGUAGCUGUAGAGGUCACCACUGUGCUAAACCCUGGUCAUUUCUAUGUCUCACUGCCUUUUGGAAAGUCAGCUAUUGACAACUUGAAAGAAAAAGAUGAAAUAGACAAAAAGGAUGAUUGGCAAAUGAAUUUUGAUCAGCUGAUAUCAGAGAUGCAGGAGGAGUAUAGUAAGGGAAGUCAUAAUGAAGACACAACAGUUGACAAAGCACCAGGAGAAAUAGUAGCUGCUAAGUUUACAUCAGAUGGAAAAUGGUACAGAGCACGGGUUCUCAUUGUCGAGGAAAAUAGGCUGAGAGUAUUUUUUGUUGAUUUUGGAAACCGUGAAUGGCUAAGAUACAACUGCAUAAAAUCAAUUUUACCAGAUUUUCUCCAUUUACCUUUCCAAGCUGUAGAAUGUUUCCUUAUGCACAUAGAACCUCUUGGUGCUAAAUACAACACAGAAUCCAAGUAUCGAUUUAAAGAAUUGGUUGACAAUAAAGUUCUUGUGGCUUUUGUCAAGACAAGGUCCUUUAAUGGUAGUAUUUGGGUAGACUUGUAUGACACCACAGGUGAUGAAGACAUUGACAUUGCUAAAGUUUUAGUUUCUGACAAAUUAGUCCAGGACACUGGAUCAACAAUGACAACAAGUAGUAAACAAAGUAAUCACUCGAGCCAGACCUCACUGAUCUUAGUACCAGGAUAAACUUGAGCAGGAUUACAUUUCCGAGUGUGAAGGAACUGACAAACUUCAAUUUCUUACUAGUCAUUAUUGCCUGUUUUUAUAUAUUAUUGUAUAAUUAAUUAUUUUAGCUCAUCUGGCUUAGUUAUGCACUACUUGGCAUCUAUGGUUCUAUGACUCCUGGGAACAUCUUGUUUUUUUUAUAUUGUUACAGUUUGAUUUCUUUUGGUUUGUAUUUUUGUGUUUGUAAAAAUAUUUGAGUGAUUUUCAUUCAAGUUUUUUGUUUGUUUAGAUUAAACAUUUCUCAACAUUUUCAUUAGAAUUGUAAAAAAAACCAUAUAAUAAAAUGAAUAUUUUAUAUUUUUACCACAAAGAAGUGUGUUUUUUUUUUUGUGUUUUGAUAUUGACAUUUAUUUUUGUUGUUUUUUAUAUUGUUUACUUAUAUGGUGCUAUUUGUAUUUUGGUUAUGUUACAGUUAAAAACAAAGAGAUUAUUAUAAGUGAUUAUGUAUUAUUAUAUCAUCUUAACAGAUAUUUUUCACUUCAACAAAAAAUGGUUGACUGUUUGUAUUCUAUACAUAUUUAUGAAUUGUUCAAAUUGUUGUUAUCUAAGGAACAACUACUUUAAGUUUUGCUUGUUUAAUUUUCUGAAUUUUCACUAUAUCUAGAUCUACAUAUAUGGUUUUAUACGACUGCAAAAAAGUUUUGGAGUCGUAUAUUGCUAUCAUGUCAUCGUCGUCGUAAGACAUUUUGUUUCUGUACAAUAACUUCAGUUUAAGUGUAUCGAUCUCUAUGAAAUUUAACCAAAAGGUUCAAUACCACAAAAGGAAGGUUGGGAUUGUUUUUGGGGGUGAUGGUCCCAACCGUUAGGAAUUACGGGCCCAAAACAAGCAUUUUCUAGUUUCAGGACAAUAACUUGUGUAUAAGUAUUUUGAUUGCUCUGAAAUUGUACCACAAGGUUCAAUACCACAAGUAGAAGGUUGGGAUUUAUUUUGGGGAUAAUUGCCAUAACUGUUCAGGAAUUGGGGGCCAAAAAGGGUCUAAAACAACCAUUUUUCUAGUUUUCAGACAACAACUUGAGUUUAAGUGUAUGGAUGUCUCUUAAAUUGUACCACAUUUUACAAAAAGCAAAAUGUCUUCCAAUGUAUUUUUUUGGAAAGGGGGUGGGGGGUGCAGGUAAUUUUUUUCCUUCAAAAUUUAAGAAAUUGUCAAUUUUCCAAAGAAAAAUUGGGGUUCACAAUUUAUUUUGCUAAUUCUUUGUAUAUAGUCUGAAAACAGAUUUACUAAGUAUUGCGCUACAGCACAGUGUAUAGCACAACAGCAAGAAAUCUUCAAUUGAAUAUAAAUUCAAAUCAUAUAACCAAUUUCAAGUUCUUUGACUACAUAUAUUCUGUGUCAGAAACCUAUAAUGUGUCAAAUAUUUAAUUACAAUCCAAGUUCAGACUUGUAUC